AUGAAGGUCACCGACAAGUUACUUCAGGCUCACGAGACCGCGGACCUCCCGGCAACCUUCUCGUUCGAAUUCUUUCCUCCAAAAACCGAACAAGGGAUCCAGAACUUGUACGAUCGUAUGGAUCGGAUGUAUCAUCUUAACCCAACUUUUAUCGACGUUACUUGGAACGCUGGCGGGAGGGUUUCCAAAAUCUCUAAUGACAUUGUCAACACUUGUCAAUCGGUGUUGGGACUCGAAACAUGUCUCCACAUGACGUGCACCAAUAUGUCUGUGGAGAUCAUCGACACCGCGCUCCGUGAAGCUUACGAAUCAGGAUGUCAAAACAUCUUGGCCUUGAGAGGUGACCCACCAUUGGAUGCUCAAGUUGACGCAAACGGCCAGCUCAUCCAUAAAGGAGAGUUCCAGUACGCUAAAGACUUGAUUAGCUACAUCAAGAAACAGUAUGGGGAUCAUUUUUGUAUCGGGGUCGCUGCGUAUCCUGAGGGCCACCCGGAAGAAGAUAAUUGCGACCGUGUGAUUGACUAUCUUAAAGAAAAAAUCGACGCUGGCGGGGACUUUAUUGUCACCCAAAUGUUUUAUGAUGUCGACAAUUUCAUUGAAUGGUGCCACAAAUUGAAAGCUAAAGGUAUUGAAGCUCCGAUUUUCCCAGGGAUCAUGCCGAUCACUACUUAUGCUUCUUUUAUGAGACGGGCCAAGUGGUCAGAAAUUAAGAUUCCUCAAGGGUUUUUGGAUAUCUUGGAACCUCACAAAGAGGAUGAUUUCAAGAUCCGUGAGUUGGGUUGUGAAUUAAUAACCAAGAUGUGUAAAAAACUCCUUGAUUCUGGGGUGGUGAACCAUUUGCAUUUUUACACCAUGAAUUUGGAAAAAGCCACCAUCAUGAUCUUGCAACAACUUGGGCUUGUCACCCCAGAAGUCAACGAUACCGGCUUGACUGGUGGUGAGAUCUUGCCAUGGCGUAAAUCUCUCAACCCAAACCGUACCAAUGAAUCAGUUCGUCCAAUUUUCUGGAAAAACAUGAAGUUCAACUACAUUGUCCGGACAAAAGAUUGGGACGAGUUUCCAAAUGGUCGUUGGGGUAAUUCGGAAUCUCCAGCUUUUGGGGAAAUUUCUCUUUUCGAUGGUUCUUUGUUGCGUCAUUCGGGUAAGAAAUUGUUGGAGCUUUGGGGCAGACCACAAACCAUGAAAGAUCUUAGUGAUUUGUUUAUCAGGUACUUGAAUGGAGAUUUGGCAAUGUUGCCAUGGAGUGAUACCCCAAUUAAUGCGGAAAUCAACUCGAUCAAGCAAGACUUGAUCACCCUUAAUGAAAAGGGGAUUUUUACCGUCAACAGUCAACCGGCCGUCAAUGGAGCACGGUCCGACCACCCAAUUUUUGGAUGGGGUCCAAAGAAUGGGUACAUUUACCAAAAACAAUACUUGGAAUUCUUCAUGCCUCGGGCUAAACUCGAUACCCUUAGAGCAAACAUUGACAAGAUCAAUCGCAUUGAAAACUGCGGUACCAAUGACGAUUAUAAAGUGUUAGCGUUCUUUGCCGUGGAUAAGAAUGGUGGUUUGCAAACCAAUUUGAAAAAUGACAGCGUGCCAAAUGCCGUCACUUGGGGGAUUUUCCCAAAUACAGAAGUUAUCCAACCAACCAUUGUGGAAAAAACCUCUUUUCUUGCUUGGAAGGAUGAAGCGUACCAUAUUGCCCAAGAAUGGCAAAUGGUGCUCAAGCAAGGAGAUGACGGGUCUAUCGACUUAUUGGGCAAAUUACUUGACGACUAUGUCUUGAUUAACAUUGUGGAUAAUGAUUAUGUUGGCGAGAACAAAAUUUUCAAAUUAUUUGAAGGUAUUGAUUGCCUUUGA